AUGGGCUCCGGGGGCCGGGCGCUGUCCGUGGUGCCGGCUGUGCUGCUGGCCCUCACUCUGCCCGGGCUGCCCGUCUGGGCGCAGAACGACACGGAGCCCAUCGUGCUGGAAGGCAAGUGCCUCGUGGUGUGCGACUCGAACCCGGCCACGGACUCCAAGGGCUCCUCUUCCUCCCCUCUGGGGAUCUCGGUCCGGGCGGCUAACUCCAAGGUCGCCUUCUCGGCGGUGCGGAGCACCAACCACGAGCCGUCGGAGAUGAGCAACAAGACGCGCAUCAUUUACUUCGAUCAGAUCCUAGUAAAUGUGGGUAAUUUUUUCACCCUGGAGUCUGUCUUUGUAGCACCAAGGAAAGGAAUUUACAGUUUCAGUUUUCACGUAAUUAAAGUCUACCAGAGCCAAACAAUCCAGGUUAACCUGAUGUUAAAUGGAAAACCAGUAAUAUCUGCCUUCGCUGGGGAUAAAGACGUUACACGUGAGGCUGCCACAAAUGGGGUCCUGCUCUACCUGGAUAAAGAGGAUAAGGUUUACCUAAAACUGGAGAAAGGUAACUUGGUCGGAGGCUGGCAGUAUUCCACGUUCUCUGGCUUUCUGGUGUUCCCCCUAUAG